AAGCCGAUCCACUUAUAAAGUGUCUGCUGGAUGUGCUUGGUGUUUUGUAGUGUGCACAUGUUGGGCCAGCUCAAAUCUACAAUAACCUUAUGAGUAGCACGGUCCGCCGCUUUCUGUAUUCGGUGUUUUUUGGACAACGAUCGCCCCAGCUUCCCUUUUGGUCUAGCAUUAUGUCGGAAGGCGGUACUAUCAGUGGGGCCAAACAUGCGCUAGACGGCAGCGAAGACAAGGGAGCGAAACGCCUCAAGUCUGAAACAGAGACGUCCAACAGUGAAUCCCAGCUUGGAAAAGCAAAGGCAAAGAAGAUGGCUCUUUGCAUGUCUUACAACGGGAAGGAUUAUCUUGGAAUGCAGAGGAAUCCCGGUACAAAAACCAUAGAGGAUGAUUUGCUCCAAGCAAUGUACAAGGGAGACUUGAUACUCAAAGAGCAUGUGGACGUUCCACAAGCCAUGAAGUUUCAGCGUGCUGCCCGCACAGACAAGGGCGUCUCGGCCGUCCGGCAGAUCGUCUCCCUCAAGCUUCCGACCAAUCUCACUGUCGAAGAAAUGGUGGACAAGAUCAACUCUCAUCUAGUUGACCAAAUCAGGGUGAUAGACAUAAAGCGGACGACGAGAGGUUUCAACUGCAAAAACAGCUGCGAUUCUCGGACUUACACGUACGUCCUUCCAACAUUUGCCUUCGCCCCUCCCGGAUCACCAGCCGAGGAGUCCUACAGAAUCACAGAGGAGCGAAUUGGAGAAGUGAACAACGUCCUGGCUUUGUACAAAGGCUGCCACAACUACCACAACUUCACAUCUGGGAAGAAGUCUGAAGACCCCAGCGCCAUGCGGUACAUCAUCUCGGCAGAGUGUGGGCAGCCGUUUGUCCAGGGAGACCAGGAGUUUGUCCAGGUUCAAAUCAAGGGCCAGAGUUUUAUGCUGCAUCAGAUUCGCAAGAUGGUGGGCCUGGUGAUAGCCAUCAUGCGGGGCUGCACCAAGGAGACUACCAUACGGAGGGCCUGGGGCCCUGAAAAGCUGGAUCUGCCCAUAGCCCCUGCGUUGGGCCUCAUGCUGGAAGAGGUCCACUAUGAUCGCUACAACAAGCGAUAUGGCGGGGAUGGACUUCACGAACCUCUCACCUGGGAGGAGAAGCAGGACAUAAUCCAGAGCUUCAAGGAAAAGCACAUCUACCCUACCAUCUUGGAGACCGAAAAGAAUGAAAAGUCUAUGCUCACCUGGAUGGAAAACCUGCCGCUCCACACGUACGACGUGCGCGAACCGGGACCGCCGACGUCGGACGAGGCAGAGCACUGCGACAUUGCCGCCGAGCAAGAGCACGUUUCGUGCAACGAGUUGCAAGGCCAGGACUGUGAGCAAGAGACACUGGUGAAGGCAAAUCCUGCAGAAAAAACCUACGAAAUUCUUCCUCAUGCGUCCAUAGAGGCACAGAAGCAAUCUGUAUAGCAAGCAGCAAACACACAAAUCCAGAAGCUCCGAAAGCGAGUGGGAAGGUGUGAUCUCACCGCUUCGGUGAGGAUAUCCUCGACGUCAUCCAGGGACACGAGGGCGGCCUUUGAGGGAUCAAUCUUCCUGUGCAUUGCCUGGGUGACGUCGGCAUGAAUCGGGUUGCUGCUUGUCACGAGCAGGACGUCUGUUCUGCAAAGAAGGAGUGACGUCACACAUUAAAGCGAGCGUCCGCGCGCAUUUCGCCGCAAAUGAAGGAAAGCGGGGCUUUACUUGCAAUGGUCUUUCAGGAGGCUGGAUAUGUCGCUUCGACUGAAACAGGGCGAUAGAAGAAGGCACGUAAGCAGACACAAUCUUAGAAUGACGUUAGAAGAGAGGCGGGAACCUCCCAUGCCGUAUGCAAAGAGCCAAUUCUUGCCCCUAUGAAAGGAGCCUGGUCAACAACGAGGCACAAGUAACGUUUGGACCCAGAAAUGUGACCUGCACUGGAACAUGAAGACCGACGUUUCGUGCUCCCAGAUUUCAAGUGCAGGUUGCGUGUGCUCUGAUCUAACUAUUUGCUAGGCUCCCCAUAUGCUUGUGACUGGCUCUCUAUUUACUCUGUAGAAAAUUAAACAUGGGAGUGUAUUCACGAAA